AUGGUUAGUUCCGCCUCCUCAUCGGCUCAUUCAUGCUUCAUCUGCUUCGAAUCAAUCCAACCGACUCAUAAUCGAUUCUGCCCCAUAUCUCUACAGAUCCCGAUCAAAGAAAGGAGAGAUGGAUCUAACAUAUGUGUUUUUCUUAAAAAGGCGAUGAACUGUGCACAUAAGGUGCUCGAUAAAAUGCAUGUGAGAGCAUUUUCGACUGGAAUGAUGGAAGGGAUCUCGAUGGGGCAGUUGCUUCGAUCGGUUUAUGAACCACAAGAUCUUAUCGUGAAAACGUCUACUCAAAACCACAAGGUUUCUGCUAUUUUGGUGUUCGGAGACUUCACUUCUGAUCCUGGAAACAACAACUACAUUCUGACCCCUUUCAGGGGCAAUUUCCCACCUUAUGGGAGAGAUUUUGCAAACCAAAAAGCGGCAGCGAGGUGUACCAAUGGAAAAAAAACACAAUCAUAA